AUGAAAACAUUAAUAGGGAAAUACCGUGUAUUAUUAAGAAAUAUAUGUGAAAACAUAAGUUUUAGGAAAAGAAAAAAAAAAAACAAGUUAUAUAAAGUAAAUAAAAUAAUUAGCAUAAAAAGAUUUUUAUAUGCAUCUUCUAUUUUUUGUUUCAGCAUGCAAAAAAUUAUAGGAACUCAUUCAGGGAGAUUUCAUACUGAUGAGAUUUUGGCUUCAGUUAUGUUAAAAUUUUUACCCGAAUACAAAGAUGCAACUAUUAUAAGGACACGUGAUCAAGAUAAAUUGGAUAAAUGUGAUGUUGUGUUAGAUGUAGGAGGUGUAUAUAAUCAUGAAAUGAAAAGAUACGAUCAUCAUCAAAAAGAAUUUAAUGGAACAUUAGAUGAAAGACAUAACAUACGAUUAAGUAGUGCAGGUUUAAUAUAUAAGCAUUACGCAAAAGAUAUAUUUAGGAGAGGGUUUAAUAUAACAGAUGAAGAUAAAGUUAAUGUCUUGUAUGAUAAAAUUUAUUCUGCUUUUAUUGAGUCAAUUGAUGCAAUAGAUAACGGUAUUAAUCAAUAUGAAGGAGAAGAAAAAUAUCAAAUAAAUACAACUUUACAAAAUAGGGUAAGCAGAUUAAAUCCAAAUUUUUUAGAAGAUGAUAUUGAUGAAGAUGAACGUUUUAUGAUAGCUUCUAAUCUUGUUAAAGAAGAAUUUCUUUAUUUUGUAAAUUAUUAUUCAAAUGUAUGGUAUUUAGCUAAAAAUAUUACAAGAGAAGCAAUUGAAAAUAGAUUUAAUUUUCACAAAUCAGGGAGAGUUAUACAUUUAUCAAAGAAUUGCCCUUAUUAUGAACACGUAUAUGAUAUAGAAGAAGAAUUAAAUAUAAAAGGAGAUAUUUUAUUUUGCAUUUUUUUUGACAGAUAUAAAAAUUAUAGAUGCACUGCUAUUUCAAAAAAAAAUGAAAAUUUUGCAUUAAGACUUCCAUUCCCAGCUAAUUUUAGGGGUUUAAGAAACGAAGAAUUAGAAAAAGUUUCCAACAUAAAAGGAUUAACUUUUGUUCAUUAUUCUGGUUUUACUAGUGGAGGAGAAAAUCUUGAAUGCUUAAUAAAAUUAGUAGAAGCUACUCUAAAAGAAAAUAAUAUUGAAUUUUAA